UUGCCAGAGAAAGUGACAAUCAAUAAAGUAAAUUUUUAGCUUUUCAAGGGCCAAAACAUAAAUUUUCCUAUGCUUUAUUAUUAUAUAAAGAGAUGAACCCCUUCCUGUUGAUGUUUGUUUCACUUCUCAUCUCUCAAAUAGUUCUCUGUGAUAAUAUUUGCAAAAAUGGGAUCGGAGGCGCCGAGCUGGGCAGAUCAAUGGGGCUCCGGCGGGAUCGGCGACAGCAGUGAACAGUACCAUGAGAACAAAGAGAUGAAUGGAAAGAACAACAACAGCAAGAUGGCAAACAUGAAGGCUGCUGCUUCAGUAGGUUUAGGCAAAGCCAAGGUUGCAGCAUCAGUAGGUGCAAACAAGGUCAAGUCUGGAACAAGCCUUGGCAUCAAAUGGGUCAAGAACCAAUGCCAGAAAAAAAGCUCUAAGUAAAUAAAUAGACAAAAAUAAAUCAUUUGUUCCCUGUUGAUGUGAUUAGCUGAACUUUGUAUUUUGCAGACCUAUGAAUUUGUAAUGAUCUUUUUUUCAGCAUU